GCGGGAGAAGAGAAGAGAGUACGAAGGCCGUAAGCCCAUAACCCUAGAGAGGUUUUAGCAGCCGCUGGAAGCUUUCGAAGCCGAGGAGAGAAAGAUAGCCGCCACAGAACCGCUGACUAUUACCUCCGCCGCGAAAUCAUGCCGAAGUCCAAGCGCAACCGUGCAGUUACCCUUUCGAAGACGAAGAAGAAGGGGAGAGAACACAAAGAAGGGGUUGUGAAUGGAAUAAGGGAAGCAGUGGAGAAGUACCCUUCUGUGUACGUGUUUGGUUAUGAGAACAUGAGGAAUCUCAAGUUCAAGGAAUUCAGAGACCAGCUCAAGUCCAGCAGCAGAUUCUUCCUUGGGUCAAACAAAGUGAUGCAGGUUGCUCUUGGUCGAUCUGCUGCGGAUGAGCUUAGACCGGGGAUCCGCAAAGUGUCCAAGGUGUGCGUUUAGCCGUUACCAAACAGACUGUAUUUUUUGUUUAUGGUUGAGAUACCAAGUGAAAAAGAGCUAAUUGCUCCAUGCAGCGAUUUGUUAUUAAGUAGUGUAUAUCUUUCUUGUCGCAGCUUCUGCGCGGAGAUUCUGGUCUGUUAGCUACCAACUUGCCCAAAGAAGAAGUUGAAAGCUUAUUCCGUGAAUAUGAAGAUUAUGACUUUGCAAGGACCGGUAGUGAUGCCACUGAAAAGGUAGAACUGAAAGAAGGACCUCUGGAGCAAUUUACUCAUGAAAUGGAGCCUUUUCUGCGUAAACAAGGGCUGCCUGUCCGAUUGAACAAAGGUGUUGUGGAACUUAUUUCAGAUUUCGUUGUCUGUGAAGAAGGAAAGCCUUUGUCACCUGAAUCAGCACGGAUACUGAGAUUAUUGGGCAUCAAGAUGGCUACCUUCAAGCUUCACUUAAUCUGCAGAUGGAGCUCUGAUGAUUUUGAGCUGUAUAAAGAGGGACUCGAUGACGCUUCCGACAUUGAAUCUGCAUGAUUUAUGCCUUUUGUAGGGUGGUUAAAUGUUGUAACCUUGUCAAAUCUCAUGGGACUGCACCAAGUGGAUGUGUAAUAGAAGUUCCAUCUAAAACUCUUGUUUUGAACUCAGAAGUAAUGCUUAUAGACUAGCAGCGUUACUUUCAGUUUUGCCUCGUUAUAGUUUUAUUCUUGAAUGCCAAGCUUGAAGGUUUCCCGUUUAUGUGGAAUGAAAAUUGAGUCCGAUG